AUGUCAUCGCUGGACUUGAUGAGAGAACAGUGUUUCACAUCUGGGACCAGGUCCUCGGCCUCUCUCACCAGAAGAUUCAUAAAGAAGAGGAGGGUCGCUCCGGGGACGCAGCAGGAUGCCGACAGUGACCGUCAGCUUUGCAGGUGUUCCAUAUUUCCCCUGUCUGGCAGUAGUCGCACUGUUCGUCGAAUUCUGACAGCCUGCCUCCUCUCUCUGCUGGCCCUUCUUGGUUCUGUAUCCAUUGAUCUUAGCUCCCACUUUGAAUUGCUGCACAGUACAGAAGCCGCCUAUAACGAGCUGACUUCGUGCAGGACGAUAGCUAUCCUGCAACUUGUCAGUAAGCUGCAAAAGAUGAGACAUUUAUUUACCAAACACACAGGCAAUGAGACAAUGGAAGCCAGUUUUUCCGAGGUUCUGUUUCCAGUGUUUGGUCAUCUCUGUGGUGAGAUGGCAGGUUACAGUAACAGCUACGGGCUUUCUUGCAGUGUGGAGUUGGUUGGAUUUUGCCAGGAGAUGAAGAGGAGCAUUCAAGGAUUUCUAAAUACUUCAAUGUAUGCUAACAGCACAAGUGAAAAAGGUACUUCUGAUUUUACCGUGGUCAUUGGUAGACUUCUGGACAUCUGGGGUACUAUAGAAGAUACUUUAGUCAAAGUCAAACAGAGUUCUAACUGGAUAGAUGUUCUGUCUGCAAGACUUCUGGUAACAUUUAUAGAGCUCAACCACCAGCUGAUGGAGUUUCCCCAUAUGGCAGCUAACACUGACUUCCAGUACAAGUGGACUUACGUACUGAGCUACCUCGGCUACGCCAAGGUUCUGACAGAGCAACUGAAUGACUGCUGGUUAGAGAACAUAGAUCUGAAGUUAAACUCAAGCCUGCAUGUAAAACAUUCCUAUAUGUUUGACUCAAGUCUGUGGCAGAUCUCUGGAGCAGGAACAGUGCUUCUGUCUGGGUCUCACCUUGGAAUUCAAGCUCUGUCAAACACUCAGCAGUGCUUAUUUGAGAGCGCAGUGCCGGCUCUCAGGUUGGUGUCUCGAUCUGUGUCUUCAGGCCUCAGUAUGAGGAUCUGCCUGUUGGCCAUCGCCUGCCUCAUCUACCCGGUGGUUAUGCUCUCUUUCAAGCAAAUGACAGAAUGGAUACAGAAUUAUGCCCAGAGUUUGAAGGAGAGGACAGAGGACCUGAAGCGCCAGAGGCAGCUGGCUGAAGAUCUGCUGCACCAAAUGUUACCCAAGUCAGUCGCAAAGCAGCUUCGCCAACAUAAACAUGUCCAGGCCGAGAGCUAUGAAAAGGUGACCAUUUUUUUCUCCGACAUUGUAGGCUUCACUUCUAUCUCUGCGUCCUGUGCUCCUCUGCAAGUGGUGGAGAUGCUCAACAACCUCUACAUGUGUUUUGAUACACGCAUUGACUCGUAUGAUGUCUACAAGGUGGAGACCAUAGGGGAUGCAUACAUGGUGGUGAGCGGUCUUCCUGAGCGGAACGGGGACAGGCAUGCUGAUGAGAUUGCCAAGAUGGCGCUUGAUCUGGUAGCGGCUGUCAGACAGGUCUCCAUGCCUCACAUGCCCAACCAGAGACUGCAGCUCCGUGCCGGCAUCCACACAGGUCCAUGUGUGGCAGGAAUAGUGGGCUCUAAGAUGCCAAGAUACUGUCUCUUUGGAGAUACUGUCAACACAGCCUCCCGAAUGGAGUCCACCAGCCUGCCUCAGAGAAUCCAUACCAGUUCAGAAACCUACUUGGCUCUGAUGAAAGACAACGCCUACGAGCUGCAGCUUCGGGGAGAGAUUGAAGUGAAGGGUAAAGGAAUAAUGAACACAUACUGGCUGAUUGGCCAUAAGAACUACAGUGUGCAGAACGACAGUCUGGUCUGUCACUGGAAUCCCAACAUGACCAGAAAGAAGAAGAAGGCAGUGGCCGGACGUCAAGUCUCUGUAGACACUUCAUCAGUGACAGUGCAGAGCCUCAGUGAGAAAGCCACCAUCCCAUCUCUCUUCACACCUCAAUAAUGAGCCAAACUGGCCUGAGCGUGGCAGCUCAGAUGGAGCGGUACGGUGGCAGCAAUGGUACCCUGGGCUCCAUGAUUGUGGGGUUGCAGGCGGAUGAGUCGUCCACUCGGCCAGCAUAGGAGCAACAGAGGGCGCAAACUUGACCUGGGGCCUGACUGCUGCCACAUAAGGACUUCCUAAGAAGAGAACAUGAGUCAGUGACAGAGGAGAAUGAGAGAGAUUAGUUUGUAGUAGACUGUAUAAUAACUGCUGGAUAAUGUAAUAAUUUUUCACCUCCAGCUAAGAUAUUCAUUUGCUUUCUAAAUUGUGAAAAAUUGGAGUUGUAAGAACUCUCAUGGAAUCGUUUGGUUUCAAAAUGAGUCACCUGAUCUUAAAACAACUUUAAAUUUUUAGUGUAGGACUAAAUAUUUCUUCAAAAAGUUGCAUACUGUUGCAGAGCAGAUUGCUGUCCAGUUACUUGCUGGUGCUAACUUUUUUUACUAUUUAUGUAUCUACAUGUUUCUAUUGUAAUAUAGGUAGUGUAUUCUGUUUUUGUCCCUGUGAUUCACGUUCCUGAAAUUUUAAGUAUAAUUUAAAAUAACUUACUCACUCUCUUUUCCUAUUUAUUUGGUUGAAUUUUGACAUAUGGAGGAUGUUGCAGUUAUUUUUACUCCCAUGUUCUCCAGCUGCUGAACAUGUUGAUGUAUGUGGCAGCUUAUUAGCCAGAUAUUUUUCCAGACGAUGGUAGAGACCAAACCUAGAGCUUAAACACAGUUAUUAUUGGACUUACAUGUCAAGUGAACACAGUCAAGACACAGUUAAUUAUAAUGAUAUUUGCAACUGCUGGAUGUUAGAAAAGCCAACAGUUUGAAGGUUGCUGACUCUGGAUAUAUGUUUGACCUAUAAUGGGCAGUUCAUGAUUUCAAAAUGUCACUGUCACCUCAUGUAGCCCUUACCCAGUUUUUCCCCAUAUGUUACAGCUCUCCCAGCUCUUACUGAUGAAUUCCGAAAAAUUCUAAAUGCCAAAAUAAAACGAAUAAAACGAAAACAAGUGAAAUACA